CUCCAUCACGCCGAUUCAUCAUCCACCACACCCCCCAACAGCACCACCACAAUGGUCAACAUCGCGCCCGUGCGGCCAGGGCAGCCCUUGACCGACUUCCAGAUCAGGAGGAUACAGCGGCGUCUUGAAGAUCUCGAGCGCACAAACCCCACCGACAUUCCACCAGCGUCCUUCAAGCCGCCCGACCCGGCGCCCAAUACGCCUGCCGCGCUCGCCCUGGCUGCAGCAAAGAAGAAGCAGACGCCAAACGUCCGGAGAGCGCUGUACGGCAAGAAGUCCUUGCGCGACUGGCUCGAAGAGCUUCCGGCGACCCCCACACCGCCGUACCUCACCGCGGCUGCGCCCGAGCCCAUCACGCCACCGCGCAGACUGUGCGCGAGCUGCGGAUACAUCGGCGCUGUGAGGUGCUUCCGGUGUGGGGAGUGGAGCUGUGGGAAGACUUGCGCCGAGGUGCAUGAGCGAGACGGCGGGUGCGGUGUCGGCGCAUGAGGGUCGGCUUGGCGAGCGCGGGAAGGCUGCUUCGAGACCUCAAGAGGCGAGAGAAGGACAGCAAGACAAGACACCAUACAAGCACUACAAUCAACAGGGAUACCAAGCAUGCAGAUACCAUUCGAACAACGCCAACACGGCAAGCGAAAUGACAAGAGAGAGGAGGCCGGGUCGCCGUGCCUACAGAGAGGUGCACUGCUCAAAUACAACGCGACCCUUCCGAAUACAGAAACAUCUGAAGUACCAGCUCUCGUGGUGUAGUGGCUAUCAUACUCUCUUAGGGCGCUGAAGCAUCUUAAGCAUUGGGAGUGGUCCUGGGUUCAAAUCCCGGCGAGGGCCUGUCGUUUUUGUAUGCAUAGGGGCCUGAGCGAGGGG